CCAUAAUGAAUUCAUCUAUUUCAAUUUGGAAUAUUAACUAACAAGACAUUACUAAUAAAUUUCAUUUAAGUAGUUUAAUGAAUGAAUAAAAAAAUAAUUUUCUUAUUUUAAAAAACAACAACAAAAAACAAAGUAUUAAAAUGUUACAUAUUGGAAGUAAAUCAUUUGAAAAUUCUCAAGAGAAUUCAUUAGAAAAAUAUCAUUUAUUAACAUAUUUAUCACUACCAAAUUUAAAUGUAAAAUAUUUUUUAUAUAAAUCAGAAUAUUCUACUGAAAUGAAUUCAGUAAAUCAUAUUAAAAUUAAAACAUAUAAUGAUAUAUUCAGUAACACAUUUCAAUGUUCAAUUAAAAGAAAAAAUCAAUAUUUAUCAAAAUCAUAUACAUCAUUAUUAUCUAAUAAAUUUGAUAAUAAUAAUAGUACUACUAAUAAUGAUAAUAAUGAUGGUAGUAUAGAAAAUAUUCCCUUAUCAUAUAAACAUAAAAAAUUUAGUCAAAGUGAUUGUUUAUUAUUAUUUACACCGUAUAAUUUUAAAUCAGAAUGUGUAAUUAGUUUAUCUGAGGAAAAAAGUCAAUUAUCAUUUAAUGAAAAUGAAUUAAUAAAUCAAAAUAAUUAUAUGAAUGAAUCUACAGAUCAAUCUCCUUUGUAUAUAGAUUAUGAUAAUGAAAUACAAAAACAAUCUUUCUAUAUUGAUCAUCAACGUAAUAUCAGUGAUUCACAAUUAUUAAAUACAAUUCAUCAAACAAAUUCUAAUUUAAAAUAUAAUACAAUAAAAUCGUUUCAUCGUUACUAUAGUUUCAAAAAUAAAAAAACAAAGAUUUCUAAUGUUUAUGAACAUUUACAAUCAACACAUUUAAUUCCACAUAGUUUCUAUCAUUAUUUUCAUGAACAAAUUAAAAAAUCUGAUCCAUAUAGAACACAACGUAAAAUUGAUUUGGAUCAAUGUAAUACAAACAAGAUCAUUACAACUAUUAAUAAUAAUAAUAAUAAUCCAAAUCAAUCGGUUAAAAAACAUUUCUUACGACAUUUUUCAUUUAUGUAUCAUGAUAGAAAAUCAUCAUCAUCAACAACAAUAUCAUGCUCAAAUCAUUCACAUUUGAAUAUGUUACUUGGAAAUAAUGAUAAUGGAAAUCUUUGUCAUACAACAACAACAAUAACAACACCAUUAUUGGAUAAAUCUCCAAGAUUAGAAAGAAAAUUAAGUAAACUAGCUAUUGGUGUACGAGAUAAGAUAACAACACUCUGUCGUUCGGCUAGUUCAGCUGUACCUCAGUCAUGUGCUACUAAUAUCGUCGUUUCAAACCAUAGAGUAUUUCUGGGAAAAUUAUUUCGUUCAGGUGGACCAACUAGAGAAGAUGUAGAAGAUUGGGCGCGGUCAUUUGAAGCUGUGUUAAGGGACAAAUAUGGUGUCCUGGUGUUUAGGGAAUUUUUACGCACAGAAUUCAGUGAUGAAAAUAUACGUUUUUGGCUUAUAUGUGAAGAUUAUCGUAAUAAAUCUGGUACCAGAAAUAUGCAACGUGAAGCAUUCAAAAUUUUCAAUGAAUUUGUAGCUGUUCAAGCUGCAAGAGAAGUAAAUUUAGACUCUAAUACGAGGCUGCAAACUGAAAAAGAACUUGAAUCGGCCAACAGAAACACAUUUGAUCAAUGUCAACGUAGAAUUCAAUCUUUGAUGGAAAAGGAUUCUUAUCGCAGAUUUUUACGAUCAGAUUUAUAUUUGACAGCAAUGGAAUUAAGCAAGUUAAGAGAAUGCAAUGUGUCUAAUAAACAUGGCCGGCAUUCAGUGAUAGAUUUCAGAGGAAUUAAAAAUGCAUUUACUACAGCUAAACAUUCUUCUGUACCACCAAGCAUCAUACCAUCAACUAUUAAUUAUGCAGAUGGCUCUAGUAGUUCAAUGACAAAUCUUAACAGUAAAAUUGUUUCAACCAAGAUUAAUCAGAAAUAAGAUAACCAUUAUAAUGCUAUUAUAUUGUUAUAGAUGAAUCCAAUCACUUCCCAUGGAGUAAAAUCAAUUUGACCAUAAAGAGUUAUGAACGACGAACUUCAAGUAUACUGAUGUUUAGAGAGAAAUGCUAGCAGUUUAUCAACGAUCUACUAUUUACUUUUAGCAAAAUGUAAAUGCAAGAAAUAUUUCAAUAUUGUAAAUGUG